UAUAGCCUUGGGUGCAUUGCAUCACGAUUAUUCCGCAGGUGGCAGGGAAGUCGGACGUACUCCGGGGAUUCGGCUAUAGCAUUGGUUUAUGACUUAUCACUUUUUGUACCAACAAGAGAACUGGAGGAAUAAUAACAUUCACAAUGGGCAGGGUACCAGGUGCAAACUUGUAAAGUAGAGAAAGCAUGCAGUGAAAAACCAGGGGUACAUCAACACCCAUACAAAAGCAAGGAAAAGACUGACACUGAUAACUAUGGCACUUCUACAUAGAAGGCCUAACCAUCAGCAGCAAUAAUAAUGACCUGUAACAGCUGUUGUCAAACACACUUCAUUCCAGCUAGUCCUGGAUGAAAUGUAUGAGACCUUACAUGUUUGGGUAGAUUUGGGUCCUCACACAGGAGAAAAUAUCUCUCUCCAAACCCUAAGCCCCUGCUUUUUUAUACUGCCAACUGGACAUGUGGUGGUGAUGCACCCUUGGAUAUAUGGCUUUUUCUGAGUGUCAGUUAUGUGGGUGCCCUUAGCUGCCUUCCUGACCAGCUUCCAUGUCCAUCAGCUAAGCAGCCAUAGUUUUGUUAAGUACCACUUAACAGGAAAGAUGAGCAGCUUCCACAUAUCUCGGGGCCUGCUGGUGGCCUUCAAGCAGACAGUUAAGACUUCAAGCGGCUUAGCUCCACCCAGACUUCAACAGUCCGUCCUGACACCCCGAUGCAUCCAGCGGCGGUGGGCCAAUACGCGGCCCAAGGACCCGCGCCGCAGCAAGGAGCCCAUGUCCUGGAAGACCCUGGCCGGCACUGCUGUCUUGGGCUCUGGGCUGCUCGGCUUCAUGUACUACCUGAAGCGAAAGAAGGAAUUUGCCAUUGACCAGGAGCGCCGCCGAGCGGUCGGCAAAGCGUCGCUGGGUGGCCGCUUCGAGCUGGUCGACCAGAACGGACGGCCGUGCACCAGCGACGACUUGCUGGGCCAGUGGUUGCUGCUGUACUUCGGCUUCACGCAUUGUCCCGACAUCUGUCCGGACGAGCUGGAGAAGAUGGCCGCCGCCGUCGACGUCGUUGCGGGCACGCCCAACAUGCCGCGCGUGCAGCCCGUCUUCAUCACAGUCGAUCCGCUGCGGGAUGGCGUGGAGGCCGUGCGGAAGUACGUCAAGGAGUUCCACCCGCAGCUGCUGGGCCUCACCGGCACGGUGGAGCAGGUUAAGCAGGCGUGCAAGGCGUAUAGAGUUUACUUCAGCGAGGGGCCCAAAGACGACGACAAUGAUUAUAUUGUGGACCACACGAUCAUCAUGUACCUGAUCGACCCCGAGGGACAAUUCGUCGACUACUACGGUCAGACCAAGACGGCCGACGAGGUGGCCGCCAGCGUACUGGUCAACAUGGCCAAGUACAACAAGCUGAAGAAGGGCUCCUUCUGGUAGCCACAGGUGUAAAGUGUAGUGCGUGUGUGUGUAUGUGUGUGUGUGACUCGCUCUGCGCGGAGCCAUCCCGCGAGUUGGGGUUAUCACGUGACUUUCCUUUUUAUCACUCAGGUGUAUUUUGCGGAGGCCAGAUGGCUUGAUUGUUGUCGGUCCCUGCUCGACAGGAAAUGUGAUAUAUACGUCCUGCGCGUGUCCGCGGAGCUUUGCGUCGCCAGUUGUGCACGUUUCGUUUCCGGUACGAUUCCUGUACAGUUGGGCAGAGACAUGACAAUACAGGUGACCUCCUGGACGAGAUAAUUGCAUCGGCUUAGCCCUUACGAUGGGUUUAUAUCACCGGUAUCCCCCUUCUGGGUUCUCGUUCGGACCUUUCGGUUGAUGUGGAUGCUCUUCGGCCAACAUCGCGCCAACUCAAGUUUAGUCUGUAGCGAUUUGUGGAUCCACGGAGUCCGCACGUCGUCACCCAGCGCCGGAGCAACAAACGACGACUCUGUCUGGAGCCACUGCUGCCGGAUGCUGGAACGCAGAGACCGGCUCUGUUGCCAACAGCAUGUGAUUCCCAGAAAUACACGAAACUAAAGAUCC